UCAGGAAGUGAACACUUUGAUUGCUGAUAUGAAGAUAUCCGUCCCCGAUAUCCAAUUCGAUGAUCUAUAAGAGCCACCGUUCAUGCCAUAGUAUCAUAGAUUGUGAGGACGUAGAUCUUCGUAGAUGUAUAACUGGAAUACCUGCUGCCGUGGAAUAUCAAUGAUGUCUCUCCGUCUGAAGUAGAUUGAUAAUUGAAUCAGUAUCCGGAUGGUCCCUUUAUACAGUCCCAUUCCCAUAAUGCAACUUGCACAGAUGCAGCGGACAACAUAACAUGAAUCCUUUGUCCUCCCAGCUGCCAUUCCCACCACCAUACCCGCUGAGCAUCGUCAUGCUCGCCAUGGCGACCUCCCAAGUAUGAUAAACAAAGCUGGCUGCAGAGAUGAUGCACAUUUUGUCACUGUGUCUCCGCUUUGGCCUGUAUAAAUACCUCAGCAGAGGAGUGAGGUCAUUUUCUCUCUUCUUCCCCCCCAAAGCCUCUGCUCGCUUGUCUUUAUGUCUCUCUGACAAUCCCCCAUAGUACUAACGCCGCUCUUUCGAAUAGCACCCCCACGGAGCAUCUGCUUUGUCUCUCGCUUUCUCUCGUUCCUUGCUGUUCUGCCCGUUUUGUUUUGCCGUUGUGGAAUCAAAAAGCGGCUUUUGUUGUUCGUUCGUCCUCAGCUUCUCUCUUUUUGCUUGUAUUUCCUCAUUACUUGUUUGUCUUUCUCACUGAAGAGUCAAAGAACCUGUUUCGUUGCCGUUUCCUCUUCAGAAUCUCCUUUUUUUGCUCGUUGUAUCGCCUCGUUUUGUCCUUGUGGCUAAGGAUCAAGGAGCUCAUUGUUCUAAAACCGUCAUCUUCUUCUCGCUCACCAUCUCAUUCUUUGCUGGUAUUCCCCAAAGGAUCAAAGAGAACAGUUCACUAUCAUUGAUUCUCAAGGCUUCCUUUCUACUCUCUUUGUCUGGUGGCUCUGUUUCGACGACAGUCAAGACAAAUACUUUGUUCACCAUAGUUCUCCCCCAUAUCCCAAGGCUUAUCUCUCCCCCUGGGGCUGAUAGUUGGAGAUAUGCCUGCCCGUUCUAUGAACGUCCAGGGAUUUCUGAACGUCAUAGAGGUCACCAGAAAUAGAACAGCCCAGACGAAGCGCUUCAAUGGACUUCCAGCGAGGAGAAAGUUGGAUUGGAGGGUCAAUGUGAAUGGACGGACGCUGGUAAAACCGCUCAAAAGAGCGGAGGAAAUCAUUGCGGCGAUAAUACAGGAGCGAGGAAAGAUCGCCAGUACCCCCUGCCAGCAUUGCGAUGCUGGCUGGGGGCCAUUCACUGCAUGCGUGGUGAUAAGAGAGGCAAACGGACAACCCGCCUACGGAGGGCAGUGUUCAAACUGCCAUUGGGGGGGGCGGGGCAAUCGCUGUUCCUUCGGUAAGUAUAUGUCCUUGCUCCUCUCUUGCCUGGCUUGGAUUAAUUUGUCUGCAGUGGCCCAUCAUAACGACAACGACGUCGCCAAUCCCCUCCCCGUCAACGAGCAGGGUCCAAACCACGACUCUAACGGCAACCAGCUUUCUGUUCAAGAGGACGACGCUAUGUCUGUUGAUAACGAAGACGUCGCUCCCGCCCACGCUCAGGAUGACAACGCGUCCAACAGCGACGGCGACGCGGAAUCCGUUCAGAUCGAGCAUUCCUUGGAGACAGAGGCAGCCACCUCAUCUCCUUCUCUGAGUCGCGAGGUCCAGCACCUGAUCCUCGGAAUGGGCGUCAAAAUUGAUGCGAAUGACGUGGAUCAAAUGAGCCAGGCGAUCAGAGGCCUCGAGUAUCUCCAGCACAGAAUUCAACAGAGGAUCAUCGAACUCCACCAGGCAGUCCGGUGGAGGACCCGUCAACCUGACUGGAUUGCUUGGAGACGGCAGAUCACAGCCAUGUCCAUGAGCCAUGAGAUACAGCAGCCUGCUGGCGAGACUGAGGUCGAACACCACAACGAACUUAACGAGCUCCACGAACAACACGGACAGAACAAUACUCACUACUACCCGCACGAUCCACUGGACGAUUUCAGAGAGAGCGAUUACGAUCCUUACAACGAUCUCACCGAGGAAGAGCGCGAACAGAUUGCGAACAGCAGCUCCGGUGAAUAGGCCUAAGGAGUCUGAUCAUCAGGUCCUGGGGCGGUUUCGUUCUUGUUCAGCGAUUCGACAGCAUCAUGCCACGACACAUUACGUUUUUUCGGAGGGAAAGAAUCACGGUUGGAAUCUUUUUUUUUUCCCCCAAUGGUCUUCGAGAAUGGGUUUUCGGUGGAGAUUCAAACCUGCUUUAUGCUUUUGCGUUUGCUUUGUGCUUUUCGGGACAUCACGAUGGAGGUUGAUAGAAAGCAAAAUUAAAAUUGCUCUUGUAUAUUGGGUUGAAGACAGACUGAUCGUUGAAGAUGGAUGGUUGGGGUUGAGGUUGUUGCUACAAGUUUGCAGGUUGCAACUAGUUCGUUGAGGUGGAAAAUGGAAUGCCAUGAUUCGAUGGAGCGGA